AGUCUUUCUUGAGAUACCUUAAACAGUUUUUCAAUUUACAAUAUCAAACAAUAUUUAUUGCAUUUUAGUUUAUCUACUUAUUUUUUUAAUUACUACUAAUAAAAAUGAUUUUGUUAUUAAAAUUAACAUAACUAUUAAUUAAUUUGAUGACAGUAAUGCUAUUGGCCAUAGUCUGUUUCUGUAAUGACGUCAUUGGUGUAAUUGCAUACAGAAAAAAUAUUGGACAGAAGCAAUGGAGAUGUAGCUGUUGAUCAGUAUCAUCGUUAUAAGGAUGAUGUUGCAAUCAUGAAGUAUAUGAACACAGAUGCAUACAGAUUCUCCAUCUCAUGGCCAAGGAUAUUGCCAAAAGGAAAAGUAAGCGCAGGUAUCAACCAAGAAGGAAUCAAAUAUUACAACAACCUCAUCAAUGAGCUACUCGAUAAUGGUCUAGUACCAUUUGUAACCCUUUUCCAUUGGGAUCUUCCCCAAGCCUUACAAGACGAGUACGAAGGUUUCUUGAGCCCCAAUAUCAUAAAUGAUUUUAGAAAUAAUCUUUUGGAACACAAAAACUGCAAAUGAAAAGCAUUGUUAUGCAAGUUCUACUAAUGAAAUGAUGAAAUACAUACCAUUGGAC